UGCCAGCGGACUGCUACAGCACUGGACCCAGAGCCGCGCGUGGGCACCUCUCCUGCCUGCGCGUGCAGCCGCUGACCGAGAGGAAGGCAGGGCGCGAGGCAGACAGACAGACAGACAGACAGGUCAUCGUCAUGAUCAGCGGCGCGCGGGGAUGAUAGGUGACCGCGUCAGAGAUGCUGCAGGAGAAGGCUUCAGCUGUGACGGAUGAUUGUGUGAGCCGGGUCCAGGCUGACGGCGAGACGGAUCUGUUUACAGACCAGUCCCAACUUGGUGCGCCCACAGCUCCCAGCGCUCCCACCUCGGCUGGGCCUCACCAGAACAUUGAGAAUAUCAAGGUGGUCCUUCAUGAGAGGGAGCUGUGGAAGAGGUUCCACGAGGCUGGAACUGAGAUGAUCAUCACAAAAGCUGGAAGGAGGAUGUUUCCUAGCUACAAGGUUAAAGUGAGUGGCAUGAACCCCAAGACCAAAUACAUCCUCCUCAUUGACGUUGUCCCAGCUGAUGAUCACCGCUACAAGUUCUGUGACAACAAGUGGAUGGUGGCUGGGAAGGCGGAGCCUGCCAUGCCAGGCAGACUCUACGUUCAUCCUGACUCCCCUGCUACAGGAGCUCAUUGGAUGAGGCAACUGGUGUCGUUUCAGAAGCUUAAACUAACAAAUAAUCACCUGGACCCAUUCGGACAUAUCAUCCUCAACUCCAUGCAUAAGUACCAGCCCAGGCUUCACAUUGUCAAAGCUGAUGAAAACAAUGCCUUUGGAUCAAAGAACACUGCCUACUGUUCUCACGUCUUUCAUGAGACGGCCUUCAUCUCAGUAACAUCUUAUCAGAAUCAUAAGAUCACUCAGCUGAAGAUUGAAAACAACCCCUUUGCUAAAGGGUUCCGAGGCAGUGAAGAAGGAGACCUGCGUGCUUCCAGACUAGAGGGGAAAGAUUAUCCAGUCAUUUCUAAGAACAUGGUUCGUCAGAGGAUCAUCUCCUCACACAGCCACCUGGCAGGGAAGCUCCGGGCUGGAGUACUGACCAGCCAUGCUCAGGUCCUGUCUUCUUAUCCGUAUGACACAGGAGUUUCUUUGUCAAACUUAGAAUCCCAGGAUUCUCUCUCCAACCACUUUCCUCAGAGCAGAGAUCCCAGUCUAGUUUACCACUGCUUCAAACACAGAGAUAACAGCCGACAGCUGGAGCUCGGAUGCAAGCAACCAUAUCUGGAGUCAUCAUCUGUGAUGUCAGAGGAGCAUUUCUUCCAUUCUGCUCCCUCCUAUGAGUCGCCCUUGCUCUCUCGUCCCUACUGCGGCGAAGCCAUCACUGCCAGAGAAGCUUGCAUGUACAGCGGAAUGGAGGCCCAGCCCGGAGUGGGGCCGGGGGCAGCAGAGAAAGACGAGCGGACCAUCUCUCCUUCUGUUAGCUGCAGCAUGUGGGCCCCAAUGCAGCCAUAUUCCCGCUAUGGUGUGGAGGCCGUUCCGUACCAGCCCUUCACCUCUCACCCCUUCUCCAACACCACAGCCGUCCACCCCGUGCUGCCACAGCCUGCCUCAGCAAUGUUACCCCGGCCGCAGGCCGACCUGGGCAUCUACAAUUCAGCUAUGGUUCAGAGGGGUCUGCCAGUCAUACCACAGUCAUCCUCCUCUUCAUCCUGCUCUCCAGUUCUCACUGGUUCCAGUGAUGUAAUAAGUCAUCAACCUUUGUACCACAAAAAGUCAGGCUCCGCACUCCAGCCUCUGAAAGAGUAUCCACCGUGUUCUAGCCAGAGAAUGAUGCCUAUCCGAGAUUCCUCCCAUCAGUACCAAGUGGGGCUGAGUAAUGCAGGAAGUCACUGGACCGACAGCUAAUGUGUGGAUAAACCCAUCAGUUCAGGUGAGACGUUAUGAAAGGUUUCUGAAACCCCGGAGCGGCUGAAGAUACUGAAGUUCAGGUGAGGUGAUACUGAAGAGCAGUCAUGGUCUCUGAUGAACUGCACUGCACAUCUGUAAUCUAUGUGGGAACUGAAUUGUAUACUGAUUGUAUACUGAACGGUCAGUACCCACCUCUCCACUUAUACUGGUAUAUAACAGAUGCUGCAAAGGCUGGAGAGGACUCUGAGACUCGAAUGUGUGAGAAGCACAAUGUGUCUAACACACACCCAGGUCUCAACAACAAGCCAGGAGGAGACACACAAAAUAUGGAACCAGGAAGAUGAAGAAAACAUAAAAAGGGGAAAUGGUCAAUGACAUUACUAUCAAUAUUUUCUGAGUUGCCUUUUAAAGUUGCGGUAUACAACUUGUAAAAAAAUAUUUUUACAUAUUUGUUGAAAACGUUGUUCCAUGUUGUAACAGUGAGACAAAUAAUCUGAGAAAAAAAAUCCACUCCUCUGCCUUCUACCAGAAACAACCAAUCAGAGCCCAGAGGUGUCUUAGUUCUGUCAAUCAUCCUACAUGUGGUGCUGCUCAUCCCUCCUUCUAUUUUCUCUUUGCUCGCUGCUGUGCUAUACCUAGCACAGCCUGUCCUCUAUACUAAGAUUAGUUAGCAUGGCCAGCCAGGACUGUGGACGAUAUAUAGUAUAGAAUACUCUAUUAUUUAUUUAUUAGGCUUCUUGAUUUGGGACUUGAGUUUGAAUUUCAUACUACAAACAAGAAAAUGCCAGCUGCUCUGACAAUAAGAAAAUAAUUGAAUCCUUGACUAAAUGGCUUGCCUGGAAUGGUAAAUUGUUUCUCCACCAUUAGCACAUUUAGCAGCAAAUACAUGUGCUCCAUUGACAGCACUUAGACCCUCCUCCUGGCUCUGAUUGGCUGUUUUGCUCAGGAGCAAUGUUCCGUCUAAGCUGCGCGCCUGCGCAAUCGCGCACUGCUCACAUAUUCUCAGCGCACAAGAAAAUCUAUGUAGCGCAUAAAAUAAAGUCCAACGUAAAGUGGACAUUGAGCUCAGACAUCAGUUUUGACUAUGGACCAAUAAAAAAAUUUUUCCGUUCUACUUUGCGAUCGAACUCAGUGAGUGACAGGAAUCCAGCCAAUGACACGAUACGGUUCACUUUCGCUACGCAGCCAAUCAGCGCAUGCUGAUUGGCUGCCUGUACGUGAGUUACGUGCCUUGGUCAUAUGCGCCGUGCAGGUGAAAAUAGUGCUGUAGAGUUAAGAAACGUGAAAGCCAUCACCUUAUCAUGUCUACAUGGGACAUCCACUCACCAAACCAAAGUAAAAAAAAAAAAAAAGAAAUGCACUUCUUCUAAGAUCGAAUGGAAUCAAAUCAAAUGAAAAGAAUGUUCUGCAUUUGAUAUUGAAAUGUUGAGUUCAGACUUUUCACUAUGGAUAAGCAGACAUUUGGUCACAUGCAAAGAAGUAUGAGGCCAUUCUCCUCCACCCACAGAUUAUGGAGGCCAUUAACAGUCAAUAUGCUGAAUUCAAGAACAUAAAGCAAGAAGCAGACUGACCAUCAACCUGGGCUAAGUGUAUAACCACUGGAGAAGUGAGAAGGGCAGGCGUGAAAAAAACUGUAAUUAAAUAUUUUACAAGAAUUUAUACUGCAUCACAAGCUACAGAAAACAUUUCAUUGUGCAAAAUGUGAAUGUUUUAAUAUGAACAAACAUUUAUGUCUGAAAGGUGUAAUGUCUCAUUUCUCACCCUGGCUGAAGCAGGACUCUUAUAGCAUGCAUCUCAUGAACAGCAAUGUUUUAUGUUCUUUUUUUAUUAUUUUAAUUGAGCAAAUCACUUAAAUUAAAAGCAAACGAAUGAAAAUUGCUGAUGUAAUUUGAUUUUUUUAAUAAGCCAUGCAACU